ACAGAUAUAGAUAUUAUAUAUUGUAUAUCUGAGGUCACGAUCGUAUGCUUAGGCGUCGAUGCAUUUUAGUUUUAAAUAAUUUUUACCAAAGCGAAAUUUAUUUCAAAAGGAACGUUUAAUUGUUUAAUUUUUUUAACAGCAAGUCCAACAGGAUCCAAUAUACAUUUGGUACCACUAACGCCAUCUCUCAACACAAUUCGCAAGUACAGUGCGGCAUGGCUGAUUUUAUAACCCCUCGUUUGUGGUUUUGUUUAUAACGCGUUCUGUUAUCGUUUGUAUCAUGACAAUUUCCGAAUAUUCCGCUUUGGCCUAUGAUUUCCAAACUAUAUUGAGCUGUUAAUAAAGUAAAAUAUUGUUAUUUGUUUUGCGUUUCUUAGUGUUUUCCGGAUCCUGCGCUUCGUUGUGCUCGAUACAAAUUCACUUUUCCCACAAGAAACUUCUCUGUAUAUUAGUUCAAAUUUUAAACUUCAAACAUGCUGGACACACGUCCUAAUCAUACAAUCUACAUAAACAACUUAAAUGAAAAGAUCAAAAAAGAAGAUCUAAAGAAAUCGCUCUACGCCAUUUUUUCUCAAUUUGGACAAAUUUUAGAUAUUGUUGCUAUGAAAGGAAUUAAAAUGAAUGGACAGGCUUUUGUUAUUUUCAAAGAUAUUGCCAGUUCGACUAACGCCUUACGAGCAAUGCAAGGAUUUCCUUUUUAUGAUAAACCAAUGCGCAUACAGUUUGCUAAAUCCGAAUCGGAUAUCAUUGCCAAAAUGAAAGGAACUUUUGUUGAACGCCAAAAGAAACCUAAAAAGCCAAAAGACGACGAAGAAGCUAAAAAAAGGCGCAAGGCUGCUAAAGAACAAGCUCGUGCUUUGGCUCAACAGAAUAAUCCCGGAGGUGUUGUUGGAGGCAAUGUACCCGAACAGCCGCCUAAUCAAAUUCUUUUCUUGACCAACCUACCCGACGAAACAACUGAAAUGAUGUUAUCUAUGCUUUUUAAUCAAUUUCCCGGGUUUAAAGAAGUGCGACUUGUACCCAACAGACAUGAUAUUGCUUUUGUAGAAUUUGAGAAUGAACACCAGUCUAACACAGCUAAAUUAUCACUCAACGGUUUCAAAAUCACACCAACACAUGCCAUGAAAAUAACAUUUGCUAAAAAAUAAUUUGUAUUAAGAAGAACUCUCUGAUUGACUAUUUUAAAGUAACUUACAUAUUAUAUAUAUAGAUAUGUGUAUUAUGUAUAAGUAAAUGCAAGGUUAUGAAAAAUAAAUAAAAACAUUUUAUUAAUAUUAAGUCAGUUGAACGUCCGUCUCGGUACGUUUUGAAGCUCAUGAUGAUGGCGGCGGUGUCGUUGUGUGUGGUAUCGGUUUAUAAACUGUUCCCCAUAGAAUAAUCGUAUCGCUGUCUAUGUGGUGGAUGAAAAAUAAGAAAGGUUUAUUGACGUUGAACGUGGGCUGACCGCCUCUCGAUAUGGUUACUACGGUGGCCGCCGAAGCUACAGUGCCGAUUUCGUCGACGACAAUUUCUACCUUGUGUAAAACGUCGUCGACAUGAGCACCCGGAUCAUUUGCCAAGUUCGACAAGUCUGCUUUUGACGGAUCAAAUACUUUGUGGACUCCCAAUUUCUGUAAAUAGAUAAAAAAAAAAUGAUAAUAUUUAAUUAAAUAAAAAAUCAACAAUUC